CCAGAGUCUACUGACCCUCGAUCAGAACUGUGACGUCAACGUCCGGGGAAACGGAGACCUGACGCCGCUACACCUGGCUGUCAACAACAACGACACGGAAAUGGUCAAGGUGUUGGUCCAGAACAACGCGGACGUCAACGCCAUAGACUCCACCAACGUGACGCCCAUCGCGCUGGCCACGUCCAGAUGUUCACCCGAGCUCAUGUUCCACCUGCUCAGCCCUCGGGCUUCUGGUGCUUUCUGUGUUCGGACUGGGCAACGGAGCAACGGUGGGCUCAGAGUUCGAGGAAACGCAGGCGAGACAACAAAAGACAAUCUAAAUAACCAGGACGAGAUGCAGCGCACCCCGUUGAUGCUGGCGGCGCUGUUCGGUGACAGUGACUCCCUGCGGCUGCUGCUGAGCACCGGUGCAGACGUGCGGAGGGCGGACUGUGACGGCAGGACCGUCCUGCACCACGGCGUGGGACACUCCAGAGUGUUGGACAUUCUACUCCAGAAUAAGAAAGCCAAGCGCUUAUUGGAGAAGAAGGAUGGAGCCGGAUGUACACCACUGCAUCACGCGGCUCAGGGUGGGUUCGACAAGAACGUCAGGUCAUUGCUAGCAGCUGGCGCAGACCGCAACUCCAGGAACAACAACGGGGAAACCGCACUUCAUGAGGCAGCCAGACACGGACGCCUGAACGUCAUAAAGACGCUGCUGCGCGGGAGUGGACGUGAGGGGAAGCCGGGAGACUCCAUCAAGGUCCGGCUGGUGAACACCGCCAACUCACGGGGCAUGCGACCGCUGCACCUGGCGUCCAAGUACGGUCAUCCAGAGGUCGUGCGGUACCUGCUGGACAACCACGCCGCCAUAACACAGACCAUGGACGGCACCAGCCCGCUCCAUUACGCCGUGAGGAGCGGCAAUCAGAAGACGGUGGAUUCUCUGCUGGAUGUCCACUAUGACUGUCUGAACUGGGAGGACGAUAACGGGAACACGCCACUUCAUGUAGCGGCCAAGGAAGACCUUCCCGAAAUCGUGACGCUGCUGUUGACGGACGGAGCGAUCGUUGCAGAGAACCACCAAAAGGAGAACGCGCUGGACGUCGCUAUCAACAAGGGGUCGGUGGACGCAGCUCUGGCCAUGGGGAGACAUGCGCGUUGGGCCGACCUCUUGCGGCAGGAGGACAGAGCGCAGCUGCCUCAUCUGGUGGUGGAGAUGCCCACCGUGGCUGAGGAAUUUUUGAAUCGGUUUUGUGUGGAGAAGACCGUACCAGAAGGAGACAAAGAGGGGAAUAACUACAAGGUCUUGGCGUAUGACUUCAGCUAUAUGUACGGAAGACGCGAGGGCUUGUCCUUUCUCAAGGCGAUCACAAGGAAUCGGCGCUGGCAGUGCCUGCAGCAUCCCAUUGUGGAGAAAUUCCUCAAAGUUUACUGGGAGAAGAUUGGCUUCCAGAUAUUCCUGGCCACCUUAGUUGUGUACAUGAUCUUCCUUGGCUGCCUGACGACGCUGGUAAUGAUGCAAGCUUCAAUGAUCUCACAAACGCGCGAAGCUGCCAACAUCACAACGGAACAGGCCGCAAACUGUUACAACAUCACACUGCUGUGUGACUUGUCAGAGACGCUGUGUGUGCUCUCGUAUCUGGUCUUAGUAUUCGCGGCCAUCGGUCUCAUAAAGGAUGUGUACAACCUCAUUCGACAGGGCUUGGAUUUCCUGACCGUCAGCAACAUGCUGGAUUUCAUCAUGUGCCUUGCUGCUCUUCUGUACACACUUCCAGCAAAACUCCCAUUACCUAUGCAUCCAUGUGUGAAGGCGUAUGCUGCCACCAUUGCCGUGUUCCUGGCAUGGAUCAUGUUUGUUCUCGUGCUCAGACGGAUCUAUGUAUUUGGGCUGUACAUCAUCAUGAUCGGCAGCAUCUUCAUCACGAUGAUCAGGGUGGUGCUGGUGUUCAUCAUCUACCUCUUCGCCUUCUGCUUCUCCUUCUUCUACCUGGUCACCAUUGCAGAUACGUCAUUGGGGAGUGGCUUUGAUGACUUCCCGAGGACCUUCUACACAUUGCUGUCUAUGAUGAUGGGGGAACUGGACAUCAACAGCAACUUCAAACUCGGGGUGAACACGAGAAACUCCAUCACUCUGGCACUCCUGCUGAUCUUCAUCGUCGUCAUGUGCAUCAUCAUCGUCAAUUUGCUGGUUGGUCUGGCUGUUGGGGACAUCAAAGCAAUCAGGGAGGCAGCCAGACUUGGUCAUCUUCAAAUACAGGCGGAGUAUAUGUUGCACAAGGAAUGGGGCAUCAGUCUGUUCCUCCGGCGGUUCCAGAUCAUGCAUUAUAACGAAAAGAAGGGGUCCAGGAAGAAGAUGAGCUUGAUUACCAGAAUUGUACCUCAUCAGCUGCGUGAGCUGUUUGAUGUGGGCAAAGAAUUUGAAGAAGCCAAGUCCUGCUCAUGUCAUGAGAUUCUGGAGGAAACAAGAGCGAGUCUGGAAGCAAGGCUGAAGGAGGUGAUGUCCAGUCUGUCGAAUGUUCAGCAUGACUUGAGCCAGUUAUCCAAGCUAACAUCUCAAGAGCAGCUCAGCUCAACAUCGCUGAACGCUACUCCAGGAGAUGAAGAUGAUGAUGAUGUUGGCCAUGUGGAUGACCUUAUAGACGAGUACCGGCGGAAUGAAAAUAAGUUAUACCGGCAACACUCCACAGAGGGUGACGAGGGCUUUAGGCCAAGAGUCGGCAGCAGUGUAAGCAUCCUUAGGAAACUCCGCGGAAAAUCUCGCAGGAAUGUCAGUGUCAUUAAAGAGGACAAUGAAGGGGAAAAUGCAGAGGACGAAGGGGCGGAAUCUUACACUACAAAGCUCUGAUCAAUUAAGAAGUUUUAUGGACUGUCAUUGUGAAAUGCAAAAUUUAAGUACAGGUAUCGCAUUCCAGUGAAUAUUUGCUCAUGCUUUAUUUGUAUCAUAAAUGUGCAAUGUUGUGAGGGUUGUAGUGAUACAAGCCUGAUGAACUUGUGUCUCUAGUGGCACUUCUGUGUCAAAGACACUGAGCAUUUGAGUUACAGAAUAUAAUGUCAGCUCAAGACUUACUUCAACAGGAUGAAUAUUGCUUUACAAGCUUGGCACAUUUUGCAUCAAAUUUUUGUGUCUAUAGUAUGAAAAUUUUUGUACAACAAUGGACUUUUUUGUUGAAAAAAGUGCCAGAUUUUUAAACAUUUGCAUAAAUGUAAAUGAUUGUAAAAAGGACUGAAACAUGCUACAUACAAUUAUCAGAAUAUAGGUUAUAGGUAUAAGUUAGGUCCAUAUGUAUAAUGUAUGGGCUCAUUUGGGUUUUCAAGAAAUACCAGGGUAGAUACAAUGUAAGAUUAACCCUACUUCCUGUAAUCAAAGGCCUAGCAGGGCAUCCAUAAUGAAGCAACACGUGAAGGUAAACAACGCUACAUAUAGAUUUUGAUAGCUAUACAUGAUAAUAUGUAACAACCCUACUUGCUGAAAAAAUGUUUUAGAACCUUCUUAAGCAAAUGAGACAAAAAAGGAUAAAGUUAUGAUAUGCUACACUUGUGUAAAAAUGUGCAUUUGUGCCAAAAUUUGCCUGUCUCUUGAACCACAACAUGUAAUCAUGACAGACCUAUUAAUGUCAUUUUGAACAGGCCCAGAAAUUGUAUGUAAUCAAUUAGAUUGGUAGAAAACAGCAAAGCUUUGUAAAAGCUAGUAUUGCAAAUAAGACAAGUAUAUAUGUCAUGUAAUGCAUUCCUCAUAAUCCUGUUAUUUUAUUAAAGCAGUACAAAACAUUA